GUCAAGAACAAGAACCAGAUCCCAGAAUGGUCUUAACACCUGAUCGAACCAAGUUCAUCGUAUUUUACAGUGUUAUCUAGGUUUUGUGUACGCCGCCGGUGUUUUUUUUAAAAGUAUUUUGUUUCUGUAUCGUAUUCGUCGCAGUUUUUGUGUUCGAAAAUUAUUUUUGCGUUCUGUGUAAUAGAUAUUUUCGUUCGCGAGUGACAUAUUAUAAUUGUUUGUUUGAUGUUGAAUCUGUGUUUGUAUCAUACAUUUGUGAUUGCAUUGUUUGUCGUUGGAUUCUGCAUUGGAUUUUACAUAUAUUUGUACUUCUUCUACGGAUCAUAGACUUCUAAAAAAUGUGCGGAGGAUGAAAAAUAUAUAGGUAUUGUCGCCUUGCCAUGCGACGGCAUUCAACUGUACCCGAGAAGCCGCAUUAUCGGAUACCAUACAAAUUGCAGGAUCAACGAUAUUCAAAUGGUUGGUUAAACGCCGGUACGACGACAACAACAACAACGACCCCAACUCGUAACCACAGCUCUACUCAACAAAGAUCGCACACCAAAAACACCAGCAAUAACACCGCCAACAACAACAACAACAACAACAGUAAACCAUCGAACCGGGAAAAUUUAGAAGUCGAAAUGGCGGCAUCGGUAUUACCGGCUCGAAACGCUUACAACGAUUAUCACGUGAAAUAUCACAGCGUAUCCGGCGGUAGCGCCCUGUCACAAUCGAUGAAAUACGCGGAAGCUUGGCUAUACGGCAGUUGGAACGUCAGACCUUCGAUUCGAUCCACUUUCCUCAACUUCGACCAUGACUUUGCGCAAGGUUUCGAACACAAUGGCUCAGCCACAGCUGUCGUUUGCUACUGUGCCCGAAAUUGCACCGUCAACGGUCACAGCAAGAAGAAAAACUGUCGCAAAUGCUCGGCUCAGAUGAAAAGUUUAGCCUGCAUACAGGGCUUUGGCACCGUUCGUAAUACUCGCGUUUAUCGUAAUCUGAUUUGUAAUGCGACAGGCGACGAGCUAAGUCCGGCGUAUAAAGAUCCUUACGACGUUGUCCGGCAAUCCAGGUUGUCUGGCAUUAAAUGCGGUUCCGUUCGAGCCAAAAGUUAUUCGCCUAGCAAACGGAAACACUGUUCGCCGCUUAUGACUAUUAAUCGAUUACCUUCGCCCGAUGUGCCGGCUUCGGCUACAGCAAGUAGCGAAGAUAACGGUAGGAGAUCCAUCUUGGAGUGUAGCAUUAAUCCUUACGAUUUAGUGAAACGAUCUCCCGAAGAAGAUGGAUGUUCUUUGAUGAGCGACGACGAUAUUUUAGACAUUAGCAGUUUCACAAAACCGUAUAAAAAACAGAAGUCUACGCUGAGGGAUAAAUUCAGAUCCAAAAUACAAGACAGUAAACCGGCUAAAAUGCUGAUGGAAAAUUUGAAAAAUAUUAAGAAAGAUGAUAAAGCAGAUUCCACCAACGGUAUCAGUAUAGCUGGUCAAAAAAUCAGAGUAUUUAAUACGCCGAGUAAACUAUCCGAAGGAGGGGAUCCGACAGACGACUGGAUUAGCGACGCGAUCGAUGAUCCAGUCGCAGAAGACCAAAACAACGGUGGCAAAUGCGACAUCGUUGUGGACGGUGUCUCGUCGAAACCCGACGCAAUCGAACAGACGCCCAAAAGACCUCCUCGACGUAAAAGCGCCGCCAAAAUUACGCCAAAAAGCGAUCCCACGUUGCGAUCUAGCGCCAUUUACCAAAAUUAUCGAGCGAUAACCAGUUGCUCUUCGGUGGGCUCACUACCUCCACCGCCACCACCGCCGAUUCCACUGCCACUGCCACCUGUUUCGGCAGAUAUUAAAUCCAUAUUGAAGAAACCGUUAGCUACGUCAUCGGAAAUAGAUUCGGAUAUCGGCGCGGCGGGCAAAUUGAAUAAUUGUUCGACGCCGGCGGACAAAAACAGCCCCGUAGGCGACACCGGUAAAAACUUUUACUCAACAACUUUCAACAACACCAACAAACAAACCGAUAGAAAAGUCAAGAAGCAAGUCCAGUUCAAGGGCAUGCAGGAGCAAACGGUAGAAGAUGAAAGUGGUUCCAAGACGAGCGUCGAUCCGCCAGUCUUGGCUGCCGCUGAAACUGGUUACGACACCGAAAAUGCAACCGCCAGCGACACACCCGAACAGCGUCGAUACGCCGAUCGCGCUCUCUCCUCCGAUGAUAAAUCAAAUGCCGACUAUCGGCGUCAUUUGCGCGAUCAGCGCGAGCAUGAGCGCGAUGAUACGAGUAGUACGUCGUCGUUGUCGUUACCGUUAUCGUCAUCAUCCUCGCAACAUAUCGUCAAUGAUAACGUAACGUCGUCGCCGCCGCCGCCACCGCCACCGCCUUCUUCGGUAAAUGUUUCUAGUUCCUCAGCCGAAUCUUCCAAUAGGCCUACCACGUCCGAUGAUUGUAAAUCAGGUAUCGGUAAUAAUAAAAACGAUGUCCAAUCAUCGGAACCAGUUUCUCGUCUGCAUCGUACCUUAAGCGAAUGUAUAACACCUAGACCAUUGUUUGUAAAUGUGCAAUGCGAGCCGUUCAACGAUACGAUGCGAUUACGUGUCCGUGCUAAUCAACAAAUCGAUCCGAAAAGGUUAUUCCAUAGUGGCCCGGAUAAGCCGACUACUAAUGGGCACAGGAUGUGCUCGCGUCCUGCGAUACCACCUCCGUUACCACCGACUACCAUUAGGUUGGAUGCUGCUGAUAAAACAAUGAUGGCCGCCGACGUUAAACCAUAUCUACCACCUAGGCAGUAUUUCCCGUUCAAUAAAUCGGAUAAUUUAAUCGUCAGUAAGAUAUCGAGUAUGGGUGCUGGCGCAACCAGCAGUCCGAUGGUGAUAAACGUGAACGGUAAUGAGAACGAAGAAUCGGAUAAACCGUAUUCGGAGACAUUGCUGGUAUUCAGGGACGAUGAAAUCAAGCAGAUUCCUUCGUUGACGAAGACCUUUUUGCAAAACCGAACCACCGUUGUCGAGAAAGAAAAGCCCGGCUAUGCUGGAUCAGUGAUCAAGAUUAACGUAACACCUCACCUGAAUCAUCAACAGCAACAGCAGCAACCACAGCCACAACCGCAGCCUCAGCACCCUUCUGCAGCCUUGGAGAACCGUACAAUCGUUACGAUUACUCCGGAAGUAGAAGAGACGGAUAAAAGUGCGAACGAUGACAGCUGCGUCGCUACUGUAGAUGGCAACGAUCAGAGUAGUACGUUGAAGAACAGCAGCAAAACCUCGAUUACCAUUAAUUUCGACGAUAGAUCUCCUGCUUGCUUAGCAGCUAAACCAAGCCAAAGAAAUAAUACCGUAACUAUUAACGUCGGAUACAAAGACUGCCAAACUAGUAGUAGUAGUAGUAGUAACAACGUCAACUCGGACGAUUACAAAAGUAACGUACUAGUAACUCCGGAACGUAAUGAAAUCUACGUUAAAUCAAAUAACGAGUCGUCUAAUGAAAUAAGCACCCAAACUGAAACCAUCGAAGAAGACUCUGCUCAAGCAUCUCAUCAUGUGUGCGACUGCUCCUCUAAACAAAGCUCGAAAUCGACCGACUCUACGAUGAGCGGCGACUCGUUUGAGGAUGCGGUAGCCGACCACGAGACUGAUCAAUAUUGCAAACAGGAUUUCUCGUUGCAUUACAUGUCGUGUAAGAUAAACGAGAAAUUAACCGAAGACGAAGUAGGCUUGAAUAAUACGCCGCAGAUCAUCGAGAACGAAUACGAUUUAACGGAGCCGAUAUACGAAGAGAUAUCGGAAACUCCGCCACCGUUACCGUUGGAGCCGCCGCCAGCCAAGGUGGACGAUGUAGGUAUCGUUAUACCACCUAGGUCCAUUUUCGAGGGUGCUAGCAAGUACGAUAUUUUGAGGUAUUUGGCCGGCGCCAAGGAAAGAUGCAGGAUACCCGAAGAACCAGAGUUUAUCGUAGAAGAGGCGGCCGAAUCGGAGCAAAGCGAUUCUGGCAAUCAUUCUAGGAUCGGGUCGAUUGAUCUCAGCAGCCGUGUUAGUCAUUUGAGCAACGUCAGCGAUUCCAGCGACGAGCUUGUUAGCUUUCUUAAUGCUUCCGUUGAAAAGACGUACAGAAAUUCGACAGAUAUAGAAAGAAACGACUCAGGCGUCGGUUCGGAGACUAGUAAAUGCUCUAGAAGUAAAUGGCAACACGUGCAAGCUAGUUCGAUGCAAGAAGAUCCGCAACACAUUUGCGAAGAUUGCGAUCAACUCGUCGAAGUUCAAGUAUCCGACAACGGUCUAAUUUACGCUCCUCUGGUAUGCCGUAAAUGUUCGAAAAAACGCAUCGAAAGGCGUGAAAUAAUCGCGGAAAUUGUCGAAACCGAAGAAAAAUACGGGCGCGAUUUGCAUAUAAUUCUAGACGAAUUCUACAAACCGAUGUUGGUGGCUGGUUUAUUGACGCCGGAGCAACUCUCGUCGAUAUUCUUAAACGUCGAAGAAUUACUCGAACAUAAUACAACGCUGGCCGAGAAACUGCGAGACGGUUACGAAAUAGCCAUCGAGCAAGGAGAUGAAGAUCUGCUGACGUUUAACGUUGGUAAAAUAUUCUUAGAAGCUGCGCCGAUGUUACAUGCUUUCGAAUCGUAUUGCACUAGACAGGGUAAUGCGGCUUUACUAUUGGCAAAUUUGGAAAAAGAUAAAGAACUCCUCAAGAUAUUUUUAAGAGUUUCGCAAAUGGAGAAUACCGUUUUAAGAAGAAUGAAUCUUAAUUCCUUUUUAAUGGUACCGGUGCAGCGAGUGACCAAAUAUCCUCUGCUGUUGUCGCGGUUGUAUAAAGUUACUCCGGAACAUCAUACCGUUCAAAGGGAGCUAUUGAAAGAGGCCCAGCAUAAUAUCGAGUUACAUUUGGAACACAUUAAUUCGUUAACGAAGGAUAUCGGCAGUACGAAAAUAUGGCGAAGAAUAUCGAUGAUGAAUGGAAGACGUGUGAGUGGCGAUGUGGAUGAUAUUUUAAGUCUGAAAUUACAGAAGAUCGCGGUUGAAGUACUGGAAUGGGGCCAUGAUGAAGUGCGUUUUGCCAUGGAAGGCAGACUAUUCUACGCUCAACCUACAGAUUACAAUUGGAAACGCGCUGGUCGCACUAUAAAAGUUAUACCAGUAAAUGCUUUGCUAGUCACUCUUGGAAAACCAACUGAAAAUUAUAAUCCGGAUUGCGACGAUUUGUUAAUGUUUCCUCAAAAGAACGGUAUUCGUGACGCUUCUUUACUUCUAAUGAAAGAAAAAGGUGGAAAAUAUUCGCUAGUCAGAGAUCCGUUAUUUUUGGAUCAUUGUGUUAUUUAUUGCGAUAGUGGUUGCGAGGAGUAUUUUGAAGUUCAAGAGAUACCGACUAAAGAUACCUAUAUUUUUAAGGGCGAAGACGAAGAACGCACCAAACAAUGGUAUAAACAAUUGCAAUAUCAUAGUCAAGGGCUAGGUUGUUGGAGAAAACGUCGAAAUGCUCUGGCCAAUAUUAUGAUAAAUGGAAUGCAAGUGCGAAAUUAAAUCCUAUCAUUGUAAUUGUAAUUUUAAACUCGGUUGAUUUUUUUUUGCUUUUAAUUUUUAUUCCAUUGAACCAUUGUUUUUUUUAAAAUAAAUUUUCAAGACCAAUGCUAAUUUUAAGAAUAAUUAUUCGUUGAUUUCGUUAAUUUUAUAGUAAUUAGAAUAAUGUAAUGUACGAAUGGCGUGUAUAUUUUUGUACCUAUUUAUUAUUUAAGAUUUUGUAACAACGCGUAUAAAUUUAGUCACAGUAUUGAAAAGAUGAAAAAGAAAAAUAUUUUAAAUGUUCCUUUAUAUUUUGUUGAAUGUAUGUCCAUGUCUUGUAUUAGGUUUUGAAAAUAAAUAUUUAUAAAAGUA